CGUGGUGCCUUACGCUUGCUCACAAAUUGGCUAGCAGAGCCUGCUGAGAAGGUGCUGGGGAUGACGGGAGCCUAAUUGCCGUCCCUGCAUCAGCAGCAUCGAGGCAGCAUCCUGGGAAUUGCUUGCCCGGCGCUCGGAGCGGCUGAUCACAUGAGCCUGGAUUUUCAGCUCAGUUCAUUAGUCAGCCAUUUUGGUCAACACCCUGCUUACUGCGCACAGCCAAUCCUGUCGGCACUCGCUGUCCUGGCUGGUCGGGGAAGAAAGGGACCAGCACUUGGAUUUCAGCAAGCCUGGAUAUCUGUCUCGACAGCCUUCCUUUGGUUUUGCUUGGGUAAUCAUCAGAGGAAGCCGCCCUUUAUCCUUCAUCUGCCUUUUUUUUUUUUUUUUUUUUUUUUUUUUUUUACCUUUUUUCUUUUUUCCUCCUGUCUUUGAUGCAGAAGCCAGUUUUUUCUGUGGUUGCUUAGGAUCAAUAACCUCUAGCAUAGCUGAAGACGACGACGACGGUUGGUGGAAAGGAGGGAGGAAAAGACGAGCGUGAAGGAGCAGCAUUUUUACCUUGCUCUAUAUAUGAAAAGGCCAGAGCAGUCUGUGCGAUCCUGAGCAUAUCUGUCCUUUAACAGCAAGGUAGUUCUUAUUUUCUUCUUCAGAAAGCUUUUCUUUUUAGUUCUUAUUUUUUUUCCCCCCCCCCGUUGUUGUUGUACCAGCUGAGUCAUCAUGUCUGCUCUGACGCCUCAAAGCGACAUGCCAACCCCCACCACAGACAAGAUCACUCAGGCUGCCAUGGAGACCAUCUAUCUUUGCAAAUUCCGAGUGUCGAUGGAUGGAGAAUGGCUCUGCUUGCGCGAGCUGGACGACAUCUCGCUGACACCCGACCCAGAGCCUACCCACGAAGAUCCUAAUUAUCUCAUGGCUAAUGAACGCAUGAACCUGAUGAACAUGGCAAAACUGAGUAUCAAGGGGUUGAUUGAAUCAGCACUUAAUCUGGGCAGGACGCUGGACUCCGACUAUGCACCUCUUCAGCAGUUCUUUGUUGUGAUGGAACAUUGCCUUAAACAUGGCUUGAAAGCCAAAAAGACCUUUCUUGGGCAAAAUAAGUCAUUUUGGGGACCUCUAGAACUAGUAGAAAAGCUUGUUCCUGAGGCUGCAGAGAUUACAGCAAGCGUUAAAGAUCUCCCAGGGCUGAAGACACCUGUGGGUAGAGGAAGAGCUUGGCUUCGCCUGGCUCUAAUGCAGAAGAAACUUUCAGAAUACAUGAAAGCCUUGAUUAACAGAAAGGAUCUUCUCAGUGAAUUUUACGAGCCUAAUGCGCUGAUGAUGGAAGAAGAAGGUGCGAUCAUUGCUGGCCUCCUGGUAGGUUUGAAUGUCAUCGAUGCCAACUUCUGCAUGAAAGGAGAAGACCUGGACUCACAGGUUGGAGUUAUUGAUUUCUCAAUGUAUUUGAAAGAUGGGAACAGCACCAAAGGCAGUGAAGGAGAUGGUCAGAUAACUGCUAUUUUGGACCAGAAGAACUAUGUAGAAGAACUCAAUAGACAUUUAAGUGCUACAGUAAACAACCUACAGGCCAAGGUGGAUGCCUUAGAAAAAUCCAACACUAAACUGACCGAGGAGCUUGCGGUUGCAAACAACAGGAUUAUUACACUGCAAGAAGAGAUGGAACGGGUUAAAGAAGAGAGUUCUUAUAUCUUAGAGUCGAAUCGCAAGGUCACUAAAGACAGAACUGCUGAUGGACAUGCACUGACUGAGGCACGGAAACAGUUAAAGGAGGAGACUCAGCUGCGGCUGGAUGUAGAGAAAGAGCUGGAGGUGCAGAUCGGGAUGCGACAGGAGAUGGAGCUAGCCAUGAAGAUGCUGGAGAAAGAUGUUUGCGAGAAGCAAGAUGCGCUGGUGGCACUCAGACAGCAACUGGAUGAUCUCAGGGCCCUAAAGCAUGAACUGUCUUUCAAGCUGCAGAGUUCAGACAUGGGAGUGAAACAGAAGAGUGAAUUAAACAGCCGUUUGGAAGAAAAAACAAAUCAGAUGGCUGCCACCAUCAAACAGCUUGAACAAAGAUUGCAACGGGCAGAGAAGGACCGUCAGUUGGCCCAGCAGGACAACCGUCUCUUCAAGCAGGAGUUUGGGGACAAAAUCAACAGCCUCCAGCUAGAAGUGGAAGAGCUCUCCAGGCAGCGGAGCCACCUUGAACUAGAGCUGAAGCGGGAAAGAGACAGAUGGUCACACAGUCACCAGCGCAGCCAGGAAAACAAAAAAGGCACAAAGAAUUGGCUAAGACAGGACGGGAAGCUCAGAAUCCAGGAAGAAAACACUAAUGUGAAACAGCCACCGAGAGAGGAAAACAGUGUCCUGCCACACAAGGUACCGAGCGGCACGCAGGAAGAGCAGGAACAGCUGUCAGGACCUGGCAACACCAAGAUCUGCCAACUCUGCCAAGAAGAAGGCAGCCGAACAAAAAAAAAGAACGUCUGCAAGAACUGCGGUGGCAUCUUCUGUGAAGCCUGUUCCAGGAACGAGCUGCCCCUCCCAUCCAGUAUUAACCCCGAGCGUGUCUGCAACCCCUGUCACAAGCGGCUCAUCCAGCAGUAUUCGACCAGUCCCUUGUAGGGGACAGGUGGUAGAGAGAGGUGACAAAAAAAACUGGUUGUAGCUGAUGAUGGUUUCUGGAGUUGUUCAGGGGGAACGUGAAGAGAAGACACUUGCCUGUGUUCCUUGGAGGUCAGAGGGGGGAAGCAGCUUCGUGGUGUUCGCAGCCUCUCGUGGCUAAAACAACCGUCUGAGCCUUCCCUGUACGAAAAAUCUGCCUGCUCUGGGCUGAGCUUGUGCUGGGGAGAACUGCUUGGGGACUGGCAUAGCCCCGGAGGUGCGCCCGAGCAGCCUUGGGGUGCAGGGAGAACUGAGACACACCCCCCCCCCGCCCCAAAAGAGAGCUCUGUGUGUGCCUGUAAGCCAGGAACGUCCUUGUCCCCGGGUGCGCGGCGCGGCGGCGCGCUGCUGCUACGCAGAGGCUCGCCGAGAGCACAACGGGAGCGUUUUUAAUCCUCGGGUCUGGCUGCUGCUUGAAAUAGCGUUUCCCCUCUCCCAGUUGCCUUCGGCAGCGUGACUCCCCCGUGCUGCGCCCGGGCCGGGCCUGAGGAGGCCAGGUAGGACGCCAGUAAACUUUCUAGCUUCAACUCAGCCCUGGGGCUGCGGGCUUGCUGUGCAAAGCAGUGUGGAAAACUCAAACCGAGCUGUGGAAGUUCUCCUCCCGUAUUUGAGGGGCUGGGGGAGGGGGGGUGUAGGUGGUUUUGAGGCACGAACCGAUGGCCUGCACGGAUCCGGCACGGGAGGUGCCUUAAGGCAUCGCAGAGACCCCCCUCCCUGUCACUUGGUGACUGCGUGAUGGUGGCCACGGGUGGGACUGCGCUUCAGACUGGGCCGGGGACUGGAGGAACUGGACUCCCAGGUAUUUAGAUAGCAAACCCUCACCGUGACACGGGUCUAGGGCCACUUCCACCCACCUCUCCCCCUCGUGCACAUGAAAAAGCCGUUGUAAUGAACCCGGCAUUGCACUUCUUUUUGUUAGUUGAAAAUGAAGGCGAAAUGGAAUCGGAAUGCUUUUCACCUACUAGAAAUUCUAAUUUGAAACACAGUUCAGAGGGGUUUCCCAGUUCACGCUACAUCACUUUUUGUCACUGUUACCUCACGGAACUGUCUGUCGCUCCAAAAAGCAGCGGUGAAGCAUGUAGCACAUCAUAGUGGUGGUUGGUCUGGUUUAUACUGGAAGCCUGCUUCAGUCUUGUAAGACCACAGGAUGUGUCGUAGUCUGCAGAAAACUUGACAUAUUUAUGACAGAUGCAUUUGAUUCUGUACAGUUUAUUAGGGGUUCGUGGUUUAAUUCCUCAGAGGGGAUUUUCUGUUCAUUAGACUGCCUGGGAGCGCAUUAAAAAGCCUCUCAGAGCCGGGGUUGGUUACGUGCGUGGUGCUAGUUUGUACCAGGAAUUACUCUCUCAUUCCCUCUACGCCUCAGUGUGUUCAGCCACCCAAGUUCUCCAGCUCCUCUUAGUGCCCUUCGGAGCUAAAGUGCUUCACAGCGAGAGCAACUUUAAAUAGAUCUUUUUUUUUUUGGCUUUUUUCCCUCUCAUGCUAGUUACCAGACCCACUUCCUCACUGCUAUCCCUUAAGGUAGAUUAGGAGUUGUAAACAGUGUUGAAAUACGAAAAGCCACGUCUGGGUACUUCCUGUACACACCUACCAGAGUUGAAAUUCCUGCAUCCCAACCCAGCGGGACUCAUCCCCCAAGGAGCAAGUGAGGCCUAGCAGUUUCCCUGUUAGAGGACUGGAAACCAAGCAUUGAGUGCAAAUGAUUUUCAUGCUUUGCAGCUCAGCCGCCACAGCUGAGCCGUGACCUGUACCUGGCUUUUGAGUGUCGGGGCAGGAGCUGUGGAGGCUGCCACGUGUUCGUGUGAGGAGCAGGGCAGCUCUGGGGCAGGGCCUCCAAAGCCGCGUGGGUCCCUACGAAGGAGCAGGGAGGUGGCUGAACCUCUUCCCAACACAGCUCUGGAGGCUGAAAUGGAAAUUGAGGGAGGUUGGGGCGAGGCUGCCAGCUCCUGGGGUCAGCACUUGCCUCCUUUCUGCUGCCAGGCUCCAGGGACUGUCUCUGCCCACGAGUGCUGAUGUUCUCAAGGCGCGUUUGCUCAGAUGCUGCUUGUAAGGCUUUGGGAGGGCGGGGGAGGAGGGGGUAGAGACCUGGGCGUUUGAAAGGGCGGGGGAGCAGAAGGCAGUUCUUCUGGUGUUAAUUUUGUUUCACACAACAAUAAAAACUCAAUCAUCUGUA